AUGGCCAUCUCGGUCGAGUUACACACACCUCUGGCCCAGGCACUCAACGAGGUAAUACAGCCAAAGCUGGUGGAAGUUGGAUGGAGCACCGGCGGUGGAGAUGAUUCGGCCCUUGCGGAAUACGUUAUCUUAAUGCUAGUCAACGGCAAAACACAAGAGCAAAUUGCAUCAGAACUCGCAAACGAUUUACUUGGCCUUGGGCCUGACGAUACGGAGGCUGUAGACUUUUCAAGAUGGCUGUUCGAGCAAGUUGAGGCUCUCAACAAGAAGCUGAAUGGUGAACCAGCUGAGCCGGAGCAACAGAAUCCGGCCCAGGCUAUCCCAUCAUUUACAGAGGCAAGCAAAGACGCCACACCAUCUGCUGAUGUGUCGGCGAACGUGGAUACAGAAAUGGGCGAUUCUUUCUCGCCAGCGCGAGAAGGUGGGAUACCCAGUGGUCCUAGGACAAUGCGGAAUCCCAGACAAAACGGAAGGGGCCGGAUUCUUGGUCAAAUCUCGAGAGCCAUGGAUCGAUCUAGCGAUUCGGUUCUGCAUAGGGUUCGAAACCAACAUGGCACGGAGAGAAUAAACACGCAUCGCGAACCGCCAAAGGGCCCUAGAGCAUUUCACUCUAGAGGAGGCCGCCCUGGAGGGGGCAGGCCAGCGGGUGGGAUGGGCAUGAACAUUAUGGGGAUGGGAAACGGUCCCAUGCACAAUAUGCCACCAGGUUCCAAUAUGAUGACGCCGCAGCAGCAAAUGCAAAUGAUGGCUCUCUUUGAAGAGCAGGCUCGCAUGAUGGCGCAGUUUAUGCCAGGAUUUGUCGCGCCGGCUAUAAACCCCGCGUUUCAGGCCCCGCAAGCCCAACCGAAUGGACGAUCGCUUUUUGAGCGUGCUGAGCAGCAACCGGAUAGAGGGAACUCCUUUCAACGACGACACCAGAAUGGCCGGUCGACUCAUCAGAAUACAAAUAUGGAUGUGGAUGGUGGCUCAAAAGGGAAUGCAGCAGACGUUCAAAUGGAUGACGCACCGCCGCAGAAUAAACACCAAGGCCAAGCGCCGGAUGGUGUUUGCAAUUUCAAUCUGAGGUGCACCAAUAAGGAUUGCCCUUAUGCCCAUCAGUCUCCCGCAGCGCCGGAAGGCACCACAAUAGACAUCUCGGACGCCUGCCCAUUUGGAGCUGCGUGCAAGAACCGAAAAUGCGUUGCUAGACACCCUUCUCCGGCGAAGAAAACGGUGCACCAGUCCGAAGAGCUAUGCAGGUAUUUUCCGCACUGCCAAAAUUCUCAUUGCCCGUUUAAACACCCAACCAUGCCACUUUGCCGCAAUGGCGCAGAUUGCUCCGUUCCUGGAUGCAAAUUCACCCACCAACAAAUACCUUGCCGUUAUAACCCAUGUCUUAAUCCGUCAUGUCCCUUUAAACACGCCGAGGGUCAGAAAGGCGUCUUUUCGGACAAAGUUUGGACUCCGCAUGGAGCGGAAAGCAAAAGCGGCCAGCACGUCAGCGAGCGGAAGUUCGUGGCUGAUGAAAAUGGGGAAGAAGAGCUGAUCAAGCCUCAUGCGCCUUCAUCUAGCGAACCUGAGAUUGUCACUUGA